UGUAACCGUCUGGACUUUACUCUCUCAUGUAAUCUGUAACCAGACAAACUUCACCCAAAACCCAGUCGAAUCCAAAACAAAAAAGACACCACAUUGAACCAGAAAGGAAAGCAUGGUCCAGAGGGUGGCAAUCAUUGGAGCUGGGGCCAGUGGACUGGCCUCCAUCAAGUGCUGUCUGGAUGAGGGGCUGGAGCCCACCUGCUUUGAGCAAAGUCAUGACAUCGGGGGCCUCUGGAGGUUCACAGAAGCUGGGAGGAUCAGUGUCUACAGAUCGGUGAUAACCAACUCCUCCAAGGAGAUGAUGUGUUUCAGCGACUUCCCCUUCCCAGAGGAUUUCCCCAACUACAUGAACCACUUCAGACUCCUGGAGUAUUUCAGAAUGUACGCCGAGCGCUUCAGCCUUCUCAGAUACAUACGCUUCGAGACCACAGUUCACAGUGUAAGGAAAUGCCCAGAUUUCUCCACCACUGGCCAGUGGGAUGUUUUCACUGAGACUGAUGGGACGGUUGAGUCGGCCGUUUUUGACGCUGUUAUGGUUUGCAGUGGCCAUUAUGCAGAGCCCCAUUUACCACUGGAUUCUUUCCCUGGUAUAGAAAAUUGCUUUAGAGGCCAGUACCUCCACAGCUGGGAAUACAAAGACUCUGCCAGUUUCCAAGGGAAGAGAGUCCUUGUGCUCGGUGUUGGGAAUUCUGGAGGAGAUAUCGCUGUGGAGAUCAGUCGGGUGGCUGCUCAGGCCUCAAUUAUUUUCCAGGUGUUUCUCAGCACCAGAAGUGGCACGUGGGUGAUUAGUCGUAUUUCAGACCAUGGCUUCCCUCUUGACAUGAUGCUCACCACUCGCUUUCACAACUGUCUCGAAAACUUCCUCCCAUCAGCCCUCAUGAGACGGCUAAGACUGAAGAAGUUCAAUACAUGGUUUGACCAUGCAAAUUAUGGCUUGAUUCCUCAGAAAAGUCCAAACCUAAGCUUAAUUGUGAAUGAUGAGCUGCCAAGCUGCAUCCUCUGCGGUGCUGUUGUGGUAAAACCAAAUGUGGAGGAGUUUAUGGAAAGCUCAGCUGUCUUUGAAGAUGGGACCGUAGAGGAGAACAUCGACAUGGUGGUCUUUGCUACCGGAUACACUUUCUCUUUUCCCUUCCUUGAAGAGUCUGUUCGCAACAUCUGCAGAAGCAAGUACGCCCUUUACAAAUACAUCUUCCCACCCCCUCUGGAGAAGCCGACGCUGGCUGUCCUAGGCCUUAUAGAGCUAACAGGCUCCAUCAUGGCAGGAACAGAACUCCAGGCUCGUUGGGCCACAAGGGUCUUUAAAGGGUUGAAUCAGCUCCCUCCUGCCAGCAGGCUGAUGGCUGAAGUUGCUAAGAAGCAGCAGCAUCUAAUUAAACAGGGUCUUUCCAACAAGGAGAGCAAAAUCAAGAUGAGUUACAUUGGCUACAUGGAUGAAAUUGCAUCAUGUGUUGGUGUAAAACCCAACGUGCUGCUGCUGUUCCUGAAGGAUCCCAAGCUGGCCCUGGAAGUUUUCUUUGGCCCAUGCACCCCUUGCCAGUAUCGCCUGGCUGGACCAGGAAAAUGGGUAGGAGCCAGAAACACCAUCCUGACCCAGUGGCACCGGGCUCUGAAGCCCCUGAGAACUCGAGUCAUCAAUGAUUCUUCCAAUCACUCUUUGGUUUUCCACUGGCUUACAAUUCUUGGCCUUCCUGCACUCCUUUGUGCUGGUUUACUUAUUUGUAAAUAUUCCCCUCAACUGUGGUUCCCCAGGGUAAGAUUAGGUGCUAUUCCCAUACGUAAAAUGGGCUUCAUGAAAGGAGGGCUCUGAGUAGCUGGUGAAGGUUCUAAGCUGUGCUGCUAGAAGACAAUAACUUCAAUGUCUGGAACCAUUCAUAAUUCCAAAAAAAUUCAGACUCUUCCAGCCCAGCUCAUCCCAAUCAGAUUGACACCGGAAACCACCCCUGGCCUUGGCACUUUGAGAAUACACACACUCACUCUCCAGCUAAUAUGAAGUUGGUCCUGAGGUCAACUGCUGGCUGAGGAAGCCCUGACAAUGCAGAGCCAGAGAGAGCAACAGAGACUAUAGGGAUUACCAACUCAAUCAAUGCCUCAGAUUAUUACAAUUGAGAUGUCAGAUGUUUCAUUUGUCUUUCACCAUUGACCCUGCUUGUUUACUGAUUACAUAUUGUUUGUCUUGGAUUAUGAAAAUAGACUAGUCAGCUUCUCUUUUAUACAGAGAGAAGUUGUAUAGAUAAGUUUCUAAUCACUUUCAUUUUCUGAUUCUUUCCCAUUGUGUGUUUGCUACCAGGUGUAGUGCUUACCUUAGCCAAUGAGCCACACUCCCUGGUGCCCUGCACCUUAUGUAGUUAUUUCCAACAAAUAAUUAUCUUGUCUCAUACCCCACUCAAUGUCAACCUGGGUUUGAUUUACCGCAAAGGCAAUGGAACCUUCUGAAUUGGUUUUGUACUGGACAUGGAAUUUGUGCUGCAGCAGAAUUUUGGUGGCAUUUAUAGACAGUCCAUUAUGUCAAUAUGGGCAGCCACAAACCAUGAUACAUAUUGUUGAGGACUG